CAGUUAUGGACUCUGGUGAACUGCGGUAUACAUGUUUUGACACAUUCUGCAAAUAGUGAUUUAAAUUGGUAUUUAAAAAAUGUUAAUGGUCUUGCUAUAAACAAAAUCAUAAUGAAUGUUUCAUUUGGCAAAACGAAAUAACAUUAAAAUUAUCCUAAAUACUAUAUAGAGAAGGUUGUAUAUCUUUAACCUAUCCAAUAAUAUUGAGGGUUUAAUUUUUUCUAUAUUUAAUUUGUAAAAAUCUCCUAUUACAAUGACUACUAUACCUGCCUUUACUCCAGACAUCGCAAAAGCUGUUUUAACUGAUGUCUUGACAGCAUUAAAUGCUCCAGAAAAUAUUCAGAAAUUGGCAGAAGCCAAAGAAAAUUCUGGGAAUGAAAUGCUCAAAAUGAUGCAGUUUGUUUUUCCCAUUAUUGUACAAAUUCAAAUGGAUGUAAUUAAGAACUAUGGGUUUCCAGAAGGUACAGUGCAAUUUGCACAAUUACUUAGGGCCCUAGAAAGGGAGGACCCUGAAAUAGCACAAUUACAUAGUCAAGUUCGCUCGUAUUUUCUACCCCCAGUUACUAUAAGUUCUUCAACCGAAGCAUCCCUUUAGAAUAAAAUAAUUUCCAAUUGUUAGGUUCAUUUGAAUCUUUGCAAAAAAGAAUAUACAAGGACGUUUCAAAUUAAAUAUUUAAUCAGAAAAAUUAAAAAUUUUUACAUUUAUUUAUAUAAUAAUAAUAAUAAUAAUAUACUCUACUAAAAUAUAUAAUCAUUCAUAAAUGUUCUUUAAACUUUCUCUACACUUACACCAACUAAAAACUAAACAGUGUUCCAUUGUUCGCGUAAAAAUGAAGAACGUGCAUUUACAACAUUUACAUAAAAAGAAAAAUAGCUUUUCGUUAAUACGUUUAUAAAAAAAAAAAAA